AUGAACAAAGAACAUCUUCAAAAGCAGAUCGGUACGAAGUUCGUUGUUCUCAAGGCGUUGCGAGAAGGGUUCCUCGUGUUGCGAUAUCCAUCUGGAACAAGCGUCGCACGAAAGUUGCCGAUAUCUCAAGCAGUUGUAGGUAUUGUCGACGAUGUGAUCACAGAUAAGAAGUUCGAUGCGAGUAAGUACGACAAGCUGCCCAAUGAUGACAAGAAGGCCAUUUACGACUUGUUCAAGAUCACGCGGUACGAUCAAACGUUGCGCAAUCCAUUGAUGAAUCCGUACGAGUUGGAUGAAGCUGAUAAAUACAAGAUGGAACUCGACAAACUCAAAGGUGAGUUGAUGCUAGGAAAUUGCAACGAGCGCAAUAUUCAGGAAUUUUGCAAACUUUCUAGUCAUUUGUAUAAACUGGGUGUUCUAUCGAUUAAGCAACUGCAAGAAAACAUUUCAUUGCUAUCAUGA